AUGGAAGAAUUGUCUGAGUACCGAAACCAGGUGCAGAUGGACCAAGGGUCAAAUUCAAAAAAUACAGACAGGAGAGAAACUUUCAAGGCUCGGCAGGAAAAUAAAGAGAGAAGAAAUGAGCUUGAAAGACCGACCAGGGGACCUAAAUAUCCUUCAUACACUACGCUCAACACCAAUCGGUCCAGAGUACUUGACCAGGCAUUGGCCACAGAAAUAUUGAGAAUGCCUAGACGCGCCAACACCCUUCCUCGGGCAAAUAAAAGCAAGGCUUGCCACUAUCAUCAAAACAGGGGUCACAUCACCGAAAAAGGAAGAGACCGAUACCCUGAACCACCGAGGAGAUCCGAACGACAGAGGAGUAGGUCCAGGGAACCCACAACUAGAAGAUACGAUGAACGUGAGAAGUAUCCUAAAAGGGUCAUUAAUACCAUAGCUGGAGGGUUUGCCGGUAGAGGACCUACCCAUUCGGCCAGAAAGAGACAUUUGAGGCAAGUCAGAUCAGUCAACAAUAUCUCACUCGGUAGUAGGAUUCGGAUUUCCCAUAUUACAUUUACUGAUGAAGACUUUCAAGGAGUGGAUCCUAUACAAGAUGACCCCAUGGUGAUAAGUGUAGACAUUCUCAACUGCACUGUCCGGAAAACACUCAUAGACCAGGGGAGUUCAGCCGACAUCCUCUACUGGAAUACUUUCAAGCAAUUGGGAAUACCAGAAGAGGAACUCAAAGAAUAUCGUGAAAUCCUAGUCUGUUUUUCAGGGGAACGGGUGGAGACUCGUGGGUGUAUUGACCUUUACACCUCAUUUGGAUCAGAGCAAAAAGGAAAAAACAUCAAGGUCACGUACUUGGUAGUUCAUGCAAAUACCUCGUACAACAUAUUACUCGGUAGGCCAUCCCUUAACCAACUUAAAGCUAUAGUAUCUACUCCACAUUUGGCUAUGAAAUUUCCAUCAGAAAGGGGCCGAAUAGUCACAGUGCAUGCUGAUCAGAAGACAAUGAGGGAGUCCUAUUUUGCAAGCUUACGCAUCAGACCACUCCAAGAAUAUAAACGAGAUGUCAAUAUUGUGACCCCUAGGUCUGAGGAAGACAUAGAUAUUGAACUUGAUCCUAGGAUUGAUGAAGGGUGUCAGGUUAAGCCCAAUGAAAAUAAGCAACCUUUUCAGCUUGGACCGAAGCCUGAACAGGUUACUUACUUGGGAGUCGGCCUAUCCAGCCAAGAAAAACAGGAGCUCCAGAAGACAUUGAUACAAAUGCUGAUUUAUUUGCCUGGUCGGCUUUUGACAUGCCUGGCAUCGAUCCAACAUUUAUUUGUCAUCACCUCUCGGUUUAUAAAGCAGCGAGACUAA